GCCGAAACCUUGUCACAUAGCGGCCAAAAGAAGAAGUCAACUCGACGAAGCAUAAACCAUCUCUACCCUACUCGAGUACUGCUAAUAGCUCUAGAGGUGCGAUGUAUCACAGGCAUCACUGUGCUGUAAUUCAUCCAACAUCUACGCCUUUGCAAAACCUUUCGCUGACUAUUAAUAGUAAGAAUUGAGAGAAGUUGGUCCCAUUAGCCAUUCCCCGUGGUGAGAGGUGAGAGUGGGGUAUCGAACAGUGGUGGCUACCAAUCCAGUCCCAUGCCGCCUUCCUCUUGUCAUGAUGGGCUUCCGGAGUCGCCCAGAGGAGUAGCGUCCAUCAAUCUGAUUGACGAGGAAGCAGCAAGUAGGUUAAAUCCCGAGAAAAAGAGUGUCUCCUUUUGGUUGGAGGAUUCCUUUCCGGACAAGGCCAUCGACUUGGGGAAUGGAAGUGAUGGCUCCAGAUUAUCCCAGGUCAAGUGUUUCUACGCACCUCUCCGUGCAGAGCUGACGGAGGAAGAAAAAAAGAAUCUGUACUGGACCAAAAAGAACUUCAAGUCCUUCAAGCGUGAUUCCAAAAAGCUAGCCAACACCACCGACGAAGAAAAGCACAGUGUGUACUUGACUACUUUUAUGAAGACCUACUCGUCGCCACCCAAUGACGAAUUGUCCAUUGGCGUCGUUGAAAGCCGGGAUCUAUCUUGCCUACCCUUGGCGACUGCUUCUGUACGAGGCUUGGAGCGCUACAUUUUUCCUGGCCUGGUGGAGGAUCAAAAUAGAGCCAAGGAGACGAUACUCAGAGCUCAAACCAAGAUUGUAGCGGAGCAGAGCAUGGACUAUGCCCAAAGGGAGUUCAUUCUGGCAUCCACGUCCGCCAUACUCAGUAGGCAAUCAAGGUAUCUGGCCAGACAGAUUGGUCAUGCAGAUUCCGUAGUGGCGCUGAGUAUCUAUAAGAAUACCUUUCUUCCAAAGAAGAAAAAGGCAGACACGGCAGAAACGAGAUGACAUGCGUGCUGGUAGUGGGGGUCGUUCAUGUUCUCUCUUGGGCUGUCAUGGUCGGGUUAUAAUAGCUAUGCCCUGGCGUCGUUGGCAACGCAACAAGUUGACGCUUCAACUUUUUGCGAUGGGUUCUAUAGUUUUAAAAGUUAAUGAAUCGAAUCGUUUUGGUUGUACAAGCAAGUUGGUAUGUGGGUGG